AGCGGCCCCCGCCCGCGCACACGCGCAGCGCGGCGGCCGCGUCCCCGGCAUGCGGAGCUGCAAGAUGGUCCGGGUGGCCAGCGUGCUGGGGCUGGUGAUGCUCAGCAUCGCGCUGCUCAUCCUCUCCCUCAUCAGCUACGUCUCCCUCAAGAAGGACAACAUCUUCGGCGCGCCCCGCUCCGCCGGCGCGGGGGGGCCCCGCAUGUACAUGUUCCACGCGGGAUUCAGGUCCCAGUUCGCCCUGAAGUUCCUGGACCCCUCGUUCGUGCCCAUUACAAACUCCCUGACCCACGAGCUGCAGGAGAAGCCCUCCAAGUGGACGUUCAACAGGACAGCGUUCGCGCAUCAGAGGCAAGAAAUCCUUCAGCAUGUUGAUGUAAUAAAAAAUUUUUCUUUGACCAAGAACAGUGUUCGGAUUGGACAGCUGAUGCACUAUGAUUACUCCAGCCAUAAGUAUGUUUUUUCUAUUAGCAAUAACUUCAGAUCACUGCUUCCAGAUGUGUCACCGAUCCUGAAUAAGCAUUAUAACAUUUGCGCUGUGGUUGGCAAUAGUGGAAUCCUGACUGGGAGUCAGUGUGGACAAGAAAUAGACAAAUCUGAUUUUGUUUUUCGUUGCAAUUUUGCUCCAACUGAAGCUUUCCAAAGAGAUGUUGGAAGGAAAACCAAUCUUACAACCUUCAAUCCCAGCAUCCUGGAGAAGUAUUACAACAAUCUUUUGACCAUUCAGGAUCGCAACAACUUUUUUUUAAGUUUAAAAAAGCUUGAUGGGGCCAUUCUUUGGAUCCCUGCUUUUUUCUUCCACACAUCAGCAACAGUCACAAGAACACUGGUUGACUUCUUUGUUGAGCACAGAGGGCAAUUAAAAGUCCAGUUGGCUUGGCCAGGAAAUAUAAUGCAACACGUCAACAGAUACUGGAAAAACAAGCAUUUGUCACCCAAGCGGCUGAGCACAGGUAUUCUCAUGUACACCCUUGCUUCUGCGAUAUGUGAAGAGAUUCACUUGUAUGGAUUCUGGCCGUUCGGAUUUGAUCCCAACACCAGGGAAGACCUCCCCUACCAUUACUAUGAUAAGAAGGGAACGAAGUUUACGACCAAGUGGCAGGAGUCCCACCAGCUGCCUGCAGAGUUCCAGCUGCUCUACAGGAUGCACGGUGAAGGACUGGCCAAACUCACCUUGUCGCAUUGUGCCUAAGAACCGAAAUCUCCAAGUGCCAAAUCGUUGUCUAAAAAGUGCCCAAAACGGAAUUAAACAUUCUUCAGAUAGAAUUCUAAAAAACAAAAAAGCUAAAAUAUUUUCCGUAAGAUAAAGAUGCUUUUUAAUCACCCUUAUCACUGCUCAUCAGAGGGUUUAAGCAUAUUUAGCAAUGCAGAUGCAUUUAUCAGUCUGUGGAUGCUCUUCAUGCAGCAGAAAACUUGGAAUAUUUUGCAUUUAUAGAUAUGCUUCUAAAUAUGUUUUAAGAUAUUUUCAUAUUUUAGCAUUCCACUAAAUGCCUCUAAAUCUCCUAAUUUUAUUGUUCCAUUCAGAUCAGAAUUAGCAACAUUAGUUUUAAAAGAAUUCGCUUCGCUUGUAUAUGUUGCUAUGAAUAGUUCAGCAUACGUAGACUGCCAUGGGCAAUUGAAAAAGCUACUCAGAAUUCCGAUUUACCAUCUCUUCCAAGUUCUUCAGUGUGGAUCCUGAUGUCUACUGCUUGCACGUUUUCAUAUUUACUGAACUUUACAUUUUUUUGGAAUAACAUGAAGAAGGUCAAAAUAUGGCCUGUAUCAUAGAUAGGCAUUUAUAGUACUCAGAAUACUUCAGUGUUUUAAUUCAAUUUGGGCCAAAUCGUAGUCAAAAUUAGACCAACUGAAAUUUUUUUCAUUCACAUCUGUGGGAUCCUGUUUGGCCGUUUCGUUUUAAAGUUAAAAUACCAAAACGAGCAGUAUUAGAUUUUUUUUUUUUUUCUUUUUGAGGUUCUGUUCGGUGCGGCAGAGCACCCCGGCCGCCCGCCCCGUGGUCCCGGUGGUCCUCGGGCAGCCUGGCCGGUAUCCGCAGGGCGAGCGGGGCCGUGCGGGGCCGUGCCCACCCCCGGGUAACCACACACAGCGCCUCGGUCAGCGAAUACAGCUGCACCUAGCGGGAACAGCCUAACUGUGAACAGAACGAGAUCAAAGCCAAAAGCAGUAUUUUUAAAAAUCUGUUCUUAAAGGGAAGUGAGCGUAACAGGAAUGCAGGCAACAAGAAAUACAACCACUCGCUAGAUUUUCACAUUUACAUCUCUAAAACCACAUUCAGGCGACUUAAUGAGUGGCCUCAUUUUCAGGUCACAAAGAGACAUUCCCUGCAGUCAAAGGAAGACCUAGGUUUUUGAGUACCUUUGAAAAUCAGACUAUUUGCGAAGAGGACAAAUUUUAGGGUCACUUAAAGUUUGAAAAUGUGGGCCAAUAUGUCUCAGGAUAAAGGAGUCUGUAAAAUAGCUGUUUUUCUUAUUAAAGCAAUUAUACUUAAAAGUAUUUUAACAUUUUUAUAUAAUUCUGUAUUACGCUAAGCGAGACCUGACUAUACACUGAAAGAAGAUGCAAAAGUGCAUUUAAAAAUCAUACUUCAAAAUUCUGCAUUUUCAUUUUUCUAAGAUUCUUUACUUACAAGUAGCUGUAGAAAGCAAGGAAGGAGAUCCCUGGUAUGAUACAAAAUCCCGAGCAAUGUAGAGUGUCUCCCGGUGCCCGAGGGUGUCCCUGGGCCCCCACGGCUCUGCCAGCCGUUCCCGUUAGGAUUAGGCCUGAGCCAUUCCCUCCCAGCCCUGGAGCCCGUGCUUAAUGCCGCCAGUCUCACCUUGCAACAGCUCCAGAACACCCGAUUUCCAGUGCCUGUGGUGCAAGAAAUGACUGCAUCCUCCACAGGACCAGACUUAGUGUGUUCAUGGCAAUUGCAGCCGGGAGGGACUUCAUCCUGGAAAUACCAAGGAUUUUAAAGCCAUGUAGAAAAUCCCCCUUUCUUCCUAUUUUAAUUAUCUGACAUGUUCUGGCUUUUGUCUUUUAAUGGGCAUUUAGAGCUUGGACGUGCUAUGGAAGAAGCUGGCAUGCUCUCAGGUAUGGCAGAGUAUGGACCGCGCCAACCUGAUGUCGAUGAGUGGCUGCAGAUUUGCUUCUGUAGAAAAGUCAGUGCUGCUAAGUUUGCUUUCCCAGUUGCAUCAGUCUGCAUCAGCGUUUCUGCUCGCUUUGGCUUUCCUUGCUAUUGUAGUAAGCCUUUACUCAUCGCUGUUCUUCCAGCAAAGUAUGACUUCUAGCAAAUGCUGUUAUUAAGACAUGGUUAUGCAGUAAUAGUGGUGUAUUAUGCCAUACGGUGCCAUAUGAUUUAUUAUUAAUAUUGCCAUUUAUUAUUUGUGUUGUAGCAGCAUGCAAGGGCCCAGUCGGGGGUCAGAGCUCGGUCAGGCUAGACCAGCAGCGAGCAAGCGGCCAGGCUGUCCCGAGAGCUCGCCAUUGCCGUAGCCCCGGGGAAGCGCCGAGCCGCAGAGCUGUCCCCAGCGAGGUCCCCCCGCUGCAAGGGGCUACCCGAAAGGCGUAUCAGAGCCGACAGCGAGGCGCUCCUGGGACGGAGGAGGAGCAGGGGGGAAACACCAGCUGUAACAAAGUCUGUUGAGAAACCUCUCUUCAGGUGCCUGUGCGUAUGGAUUUUUAUUUUUUCCCCCCAAAAAACAGAGGAGAAAUUAUAAAGGAAAGGAAGGGUUCUGCACUAGUUACUAAUGAAGUGCAUCAAUUAAUCAUUUCCAAUAUAAUUUACUAUUGAACUGUACAGUAAAUGCGUGUUUGCUAAAGCAGGCAAAUCACUCUGCAAUUCACGGCGAUGUGGAGCUGAAAACGUGCCCAGCAGCCAGGACCCGGCUCUGCCAAGAGCCUGCUGCGGUCCUCGCUCUGGGGAAGGGCCGGCGGCGGGAGGGCAGCUAGCGAGGCGUGCUGGCUCCUGGUUAGCACCAGGUGCUUUAAUUAAGAGGCAGGUUUUCAAUUUCAUGGAGAAAGUGAACAUUUUCAAUCAGCACUUUAAAGCAAUGUGAGCAAUUACCGUCGUAUUUGCUUGAAUGUCGAGGCUGACGUGCUCUGCCGUUUUCAGCUGCCGGCGCUCCGUGGCGAGGCAUCGUGCUGGCAGAUGCUGUUUGGCUGCUGUGUCUUGUUUACAUGAUAUAACUAGCUUAAAUUUUGUAUCAUCGCAAGUAUAUAUUCAUUAGUCUAAACGAAUGCUUUUCCGUCCGCUCGUGUGCCAAGAGGCACUUUUGGGGACGGGAACAGCCCCCGGGGUGAGGUCCUGACUCCUCGCUGGGGCUCGGCAGCGCCUUCGCCCCGGCGGCACCGGCUCUGCUCCGCAGCAGCAGCACGACUGCCCGCAGGCGCACGCACCGCCGUGGGUGCCACGCGCUCAGCAUGACACCCAACCGACCUGCCACAGAAUUACGGCAGUUUUGGCAAAACCCAGAGACCAAGUUCCCCAGAGUUAAGCCAACCGGGGCGCUGCGAGGUGCCGAGACCCCCGUCCUCACGGGGAGGGCCCAGGUUCCCGCAGCAUCCAGGGCUGAAACACAAGGUGACAUGGGGUGCAAAGCUGUCCCUUGCUGCUGCAUCUGAUGGGAAAUACCCCAAUGGAGCGGUUUUGGACUGACCUGCAGUCUGCCAAAAUUGUGCCUGCUUCCCUGAGUCUUCAUGUGGAGGAAAAAAGGGAAGAACGUUCUGACGCUCCUAGAGUCCUAAAUCAAUCUUUUCUGCAUAGUGCGUAUUUUCUUUCCAUUUCAGAAUUAAACUCUUCGAGCACCUACGUUAGAAGAUAAAAAGCAAAAAUUAGAAUCUGAAACCAAAUACUUAAACUGUCCCAAGGUACUUUUUCAUAUUUUUUCUUAAUCUAUUUUCAAAAAUUUAAGUUUCUUUCCUAAUCAGGAAAAAGUUACAAAAAUUGCCCACAGCUUUUCAGAUGCAGGAUUUGUGUUAGAAGGAUCGCAAUGGAAAGGCAAGUCGCAUGCACAGAAGCUUCAUUUGACCUCCUUAAUUUAAGCAAACGCAGCAUCUCUCUGAGGCGCAUCCCACUCGUAGUGAAGCCGUGCGAUAGCGCAAGGCGAGAGAGUCCUCCAGGGUAGGACAGGAGCAGGACACGGGGACGAGACGUGACGCCGUCACCACAUGUCCGGCCCGGGGGGAUGGUGCAGCCGGGCUGCAACUUUACCGAGGGGCGAAGAGGUGCCGAGCGCUCAGUAUGGAGCACAGAAAUGAUUGCGAAUAUCCAGAAACGGGAAUACAGAAAAAUUAUUGACAACGGACCAUAUUAUAUCAUUGAUUUUUAAGCAAAACUCCCCAUUGAUUUUUCAGAACCGCAUUGAACAUUUCAGAAUCAUUGAUUUUAAUGGGGAGUUCUGCUCCAAAAUCAAUGGUGCAAUACAGCCCAAAGUAAAUUGCUUCUGAGUAUCAAUAUUUUUUGCCCGAGUUGUUGCAAUGUGGAAAAUGGUCUUUAAAAUGUGCAUCUUCUGUUUCUGCCUGCUUUCUUAGAGGCUCUUUGAAUUCUGCUUUUGUUGAGAGGCUAAAGGGAACGGGCUGGUCGUGGCAAUGGCGAUGCCCAGCAGCCGUUGCAGGUGCCUCCAGCCUCCUAGGAAGGCAAAGACCCUCCUAAUUCCUCCAGGUCAGGAUGGGGAUUUUUCCGUGAAUCCCCGUUUUCACACCAUUUUGCAUGCCGAACCGCGUACCAGGGGCCUCAUCCUAAGCUCCUCGGGAUGCAAGUGCCUUUGGCGCUGCUGGGGGCAGGUGUCGUCGCCUCCUUCGUAGGUGCCGGCAGGGAAAAGCCGGCACUGCGGGGUGCCUGGGCUCCCUGCGCCGUCGGGGCAGGGAAAUCCGACCCCGUAUCCGUGGGCACCUCCGUGGGCCCGGCUCCGCGCAGGGCGGCCCAGCCGGCACCUGCGCCCUGCGUUGCAGAGCUCCGAGGCUUGGCGACAUUCGUCCCCUGCGCCCGCUGCUCCCCCACUAGAUGUUUUGUCUCACGGGACUGAGCUUAAUGUCCUCCCCAGGCAGUGUCUGACCUGUGGCACACGUAAUUCUGAUUUUUAUAGAAAAAGAGCUCUCCCUUUCAGCGAGGACAUAGUCCGGGCUCAGGCGUGGCGGGGAGCCCUAGAAGGAGCCAGCGGUUUUGCUUGGCGUCCCUUAAAUCAGAGAUGACAGUCAAUGAAGGUCUAGAUUUUGCCGCUUGCAGUGAGCUGCUGCUGCUUUAUUUCGAGAGUCAGGGGUAGAUGUUGGUUGUGUUUCAUGGAGAGGUGAAGACCCAAAGGGUUUGGAAGAGAAAAGGAAGGCGGAAUAGAGGUCCUCCAUUAAACACGUGCGUGUGCUCCUGUCUGGUGAAUGUGGCUCCUGCUGCGGGAAGGUGCCAGAUGCAGCCCGCGACAUCCAGGACAGUAAAUCGCGUCUGUGUUUGUUAUCGUCUUGGCUAGACUCUUCCUUUUUGUUUGCUCCAAAAUCUUUCUGUCUCUGAGCAUCUAAAUGAAUUCUUGAUGGUUCAGGGAAAAUACUCACUAUUAUUACUGAAUGUCUAGACAAACAAAUAUAGCUAAAUGAAAGUAUGCGUAAUGCAGUGUAAUCAAUAUGUGUAAGUACAAAACAUUUUAGUUUACAAAAUCCAAAGGAGCCCCGGGUGCACGCGGGGAGCUGCAUGUACGGCCGCUGGCCCAGCAGCAGCCAGCUGCUCUCCGCGGGGAUCGGUGCCACCGGGACGCGCGCGUGGACUCCCGAGGAGCAGGACAGCACGGUACAGCAGCUGGGUGCAUCCAGAUGUUGCUUUUUGUGUUGGGGAUUGGGCCGUAGAGCAGAGAAACAUAAAGUAAAACAUGUACAUAUCAAUGGAAAUAGUGUGUUACUUCUUCUUCUUUUAUACACCUUUGUUUUGUAUUUUUGUUGCUUGCAUCUUUUCAGCGCACGGUAGCAGGAUGCGUAAAGAAGUCAUUUUGGCUGCCUGGUUUAACUGUUGAGCAUACCAAAAAGCAAGUGUUGUGAAAUCUAACUGACUGUGAAUGGAGGUUGCAAAAGCGAAUCUUUCAGAAGGCAGGUUUUCUGUAGAUGAAUGUGUCUUUAUUCUAAUGACUAUACAGUUCAAUGCCUGAUGGAGUUGUUUUCAAUAAAAAAUAAUAAAUAUUUGAAAAAAUAAAAAAAUCGCCGUAGCCACAAUAGAGGAUUCAUUAUUUUAAUGGCCAUACUGAAAGUAUUAUUUAUUUUUAACGGCUAACGUCCAUGAAGGGCCAGAAUACCGUCUCAGGUGAACGGCAUGCUAAGCUGCACAUGUUACGAAAUAUGUUGCAAGCAAAACUGGUGUUUAGUCUUGCUCCCACUUAAGAGGCACUGUUGGCUUCAGCGAGAUCCGGAUCGGGCCCACAGAAUUACGCAUUUUGUUCCAGAUGUGGCAGCACAUCUGCGAUCUGAAUGUGGCCUGCACAGGAUUUUGUGCAUGUAAAUAAAGUUGUCACAUUUGUGAGCGAGGAACCUGGUUCUUUUUGUAAAGGAAUACUGCAUAUUUGUUGUGACCAUAGUUUGUGGAGAAAAAUGCAAUGAUUCAUUUUGAAUCUUUCGGCAAUGUUACUGUUUGGUGUGAAUGUGCCUGCAACAUUGACUCAUGUGCCAAAACACAAUAUUGAAUGCAUUGUUUUUAAAUAAAAUGUUUUAUUGUGCAUUGAAAGUCUGAAA